AUGAUAGUUGCACAACAGAAGAGCCAUUACAAUGUGAAUAGGACGACCUCGGCUGUGGGUUGGGUCUGUUGGCGCAGGUUGCGACCUAGUAGUCUGGUGGAGCUUGUCCCGCUGCAAGAAGAGAUCGGAAAACUAAGUGAUAAUGUGGCGAUUUCACUAAUAUACAAUCAAUGCAAAAAAGAAAUAGUAGCAGGCACGAUAUUCUGCCCUCCUGAAACUAGCAUUCUUCUCGCCUCUUAUGUACUUCAAGCAGAGGAGGGAGAUUGGCCAAUCGUUGAUUAUUACUCUAUAGAUCCAGGGUCCAUGAUCCCUGGUAAUGUCCUAUCACAAUACACGAUGUCUCCUAUCGCCUGGGGGGACAGCCUCAAAGAUUGGCACAAAGAUCACGAAGGACUGACACCAAUCGAAGCGCAAAUUGAAUACCUCAAGAUUGCCCAGUACUUGGGGAUGUAUGGUGUAAGUUAUUUCAAAGCUAAAAAUGGAGGUGAAAUGGUCUGGGUUGGAAUCCAUCCCAAAGGUAUCAACAUAUACCAAGAGACACUGUUGUUUCCUAAGACUAUUUUGAAAUGGGUCUUCAUUAAAAUGGUUCACUAUUCUUGUAAGAAAUUUAUCGUACGCCUUGUAUUAGAAACUGUCCAAGAAUAUGUUUUUCAAAUGAAGAACUUGAGGACAGCGAGGCUCAUUUUUGAGCUUGCUGUUGGCUACCAUCACCUCCACGUCCAGAAUAGAUAUUUGCCAACUCAGCCGAGGCUAUAUAAUGAAUUAGAAAAGGAGAAAUUUAAAGAGACUACUGAAGAAUUACACUCCAUUGAAACAACAAAACAUGAAUCCAUUGUGAGGAAAAUCAAGAAAAGGAACUCAACCUACAUACAAUUGCCCACACUGAAAGAAGAAGAUAUUUCAGAUUGA